AUGAACCACAGCAUAUGUACUGAUGAGCAGCACACCCUGGAACAUUAUUUGUUUCCAAUUGUUUACAUCUUCGUGGUAAUAGUCAGCAUUCCAGCCAAUAUUGGAUCUCUCUGUGUGUCUUUUCUGCAGGCAAAGAAAGGAAAUGAGUUGGGAAUUUAUCUCUUCAGUUUGUCACUGUCCGAUCUGCUGUAUGCUCUCACCCUCCCUCUAUGGAUUCAUUACACUUGGAAUCGAGACAACUGGGCUUUCUCUGCUGCCUUGUGCAAGGGAUGUGCUUUCUUCACGAACAUGAACUUCUACAGCAGCACAGCCUUCCUCACCUGCAUUGCUGUGGACCGGUACUUAGCAGUUGUCCACCCUCUGAAGUUCUUUUUCCUAAGAACAGGAAGAUUCGCAUUCAUGGUCAGUCUGUCCAUCUGGGUAGUAGAAACCAUCUUCAACGCUGCCAUUUUGUGGGAAGAGGAGAUAUUUACAGAAUAUUGCGACACCAAUAAAUCUAAUUUUACUCUAUGCUAUGACACAUACCCUUUGUUGGAGUGGCAAAUUAAGUACAACUUAUUUAGGACAUGUACGGGCUAUGCUAUACCUUUGGUCAUCAUAAUGGUUUGCAACCAGAAAGUUUAUCAAGCGGUGCAACAUAAUCAAGCCACGGAAAACAGUGAAAAGAAAAGAAUCAUAAAACUACUUGUUACUAUCACGUUGACUUUUGUCUUGUGCUUCACUCCCUUUCAUGUGAUGCUGCUGCUUCGCAGCAUUUUAGAGCCUAUAGUUAACCAAAACUAUGGGAAGCAGACCUAUAAAAUGUAUAGGAUCACGGUUGCAUUAACAAGUUUAAAUUGUGUUGCUGAUCCAAUUCUGUACUGUUUUAUAACUGAAACAGGAAGAUCCGAUAUGUGGAAUAUAUUAAAAUUCUGUACUGGGAAACUUAAUAAAUCACAAAGACAAAGAAAAAGCAUAUUUUCUAUGUCCACAAAAGAUACCAUGGAGUUAGACACCCUGGAAUAG